GAGAACAUGCCUCUUGCAAGGGAUUUCUUUCAUCCCUCUCCAGAAGAGAAGAUGAAACACAAGAAGAAGUGCUUGCUGCAGAGCCCCAGUUCCUAUUUCAUGGAUGUGAAAUGCCCGGGAUGCUAUAAAAUCACCACCGUCUUUAGCCAUGCACAAACAGUAGUUUUGUGUGUUGGCUGCUCUACUGUCCUCUGCCAGCCUACAAGAGGAAAAGCAAGGCUUACAGAAGGUUGCUCCUUCAGACAGAAGCAGCACUAA